GAAUAGAGCUGGAAGGACUGCUUUGUCCUUCAGAGGGCCGGUUUUUGACAAUAAAGUCAAAACUGCAUCCGAUCCCGAUCUCUGGUGGCCAUGAAAACCAAAGCUAGAAAAUCAAAGCCUACUUAUGUCACGAAAUUGCGAGCUGAGUCUGCCGAUCCUGCUAGCAAUGACCAAUUAAUCGCUGCAUUUAUAAAAGAAGCCGUUGAUGAUCGAGCCAAAUAUAAACAGCCCGGAGGUCCUCCCAUUCUUAGAAAAUCCAAGGAUUUUCAUGACAAACAUUGGACGGAUAUGCCAUUUAAUAAACAUGUGUUUUACUAUGGUGACCGGAAAAAGAAGCACCGUUCUACCCUUGAAGAGUCCGAUCUGAAGUGUCCUCCAUUGAAUAUGCUGGAAGCUCUUCACCUUUUAGCUUCAGUUCACUACAGGUUUAAACGUCCCAGUCCUCAUAUGGAACAGGCAUUCGAGCCAGAGGCCCUGUCAUGUUUCGGAUUUCUUAUGGAGGAAUAUGCACGACAUACAGCAAUGCCAUUUAGUGAAAAAUACAGACUAUAUAACCAGCAGCGUGGAAACGAUCUCCACAUCGAUGAUCCACCGUAUGCCGAUGAUAUGGACGCGCACAGUGAAGCAGGUGAUUCAUUGCCGAGGUCUGAUGAAGACAAAGAAUUACCUAGCGAUGAAGAGCAGGAACAAUCGGCAUACGAAAACAACGAUGAGGAGGCUGAUUGGAGCGAAUGAAAGUAGCACCUGGUACUCGAAGAUCUGGCCAAAACAGCAAGUGAUUAUAGAUACGACGAUAUCAUCAGCAAUCGAUAACCGAUACAACAGAUCCAUUUACACGAUAUACCUUUCCGACCUGUCAUUUACCCGUUUUCAACCUUUUCAACCAUGUAUUCGGUUUUACAUGGUAGACAAAUCGCCAUACAUCGGUUUUCAUAAUGCUUCUCUUUGAACAUAAUCACGUCCCAUAUUGUUCUCUUCAUAUAUCUCCUUACAACGAGUUUAGUUUGAUUUUGUGGGCAUGAACUUUUUUUGUUCUGCUUGUUUCUGCUUGACAUUGUCAGAAACAAUUUGAUUUCUCCCAUCCGCCAUUCUGCCGGGAAAUUUGUGACACGCCGGGAGUUUAAAAUAAAUCCGUAUAAAGCUUUCAUUCUCUUUUUU